AUGGCAGAAGAAAUAAAUCUUUUUCACGUCAAAUGUCCGAUUUGUCUGGAUGUUUACGUCGACCCGAUUACCCUGUCUUGCGGUCAUAUCUACUGCAAGUCCUGUAUCGAGAGUACAAGAAAAAUCUGGAAAAACUGUCCGAUGUGCCGAACUCCGAUAGGCAAAAUUAAAAAGAGAGACGAUCGGGUCAAGGAGGUGAAGAACAUCAUGGCCACACAUUACGCCAUCUGUCAUUCGUGUGGGGAAACGACUCUCUUAUCCAGACUACGUGAACACAGGACAGCGUGCGAAAAGACUGCCAGAAUUUUCAACAAGAGAACACCCACUGGUGCGAAAAUCAUUCGAUGUGGAUUGUGCCAAAAGAGAAUCGCGCCGAACGGACUGUUAAAGCGCCUGAAUAACAAGAAGAGACGUAGACAUUCGUUGAUCUGUCCGACGUGCGCUUUAAAAAAAUGCGACUAA